AUGGCAGAGCUCGGGGGAGAAGCGGGGGAGCUCAGCCUCAUGGAUCGAGGCAUUAAGAGCUUGGUAGAAAUACCUUUAAGUUCAGAACUCCACACACUCAACUUGCACUGCAACCAGAUUUCAAGGAUUGAAAGACUUGACCACAUGUUGAAUUUACAACAUCUUGAUCUAUCAUCCAAUUGCAUACAUCUGAUUGAAGGACUGAGUUCUCUAGCUAACUUGCGUACUUUAAACUUGUCUUGUAACUUGAUAACAAAAGUUGAAGGACUGGAAAAGCUAUUCAGCUUAACAAGAUUGAAUUUAUCUUAUAACCGCAUACACGAUCUUACAGGGCUGUUAUAUCUUCGUGGAACAAAUUACAAAAUUAGCCAUCUUGAGCUUCACAGCAACUGUAUAAAUAAUGUUAACCACUUACUCCAGUGUUUGACUGGAUUACAGUACCUGACCCACCUUACUUUAGAGAAAAAUGAAAAAAGUAAUCCACUGUGUGCUAGAGCAGAUUACAGAGAGAUCCUCCUCCAGGCUUUACCCCAGCUAACUAUUCUAGAUGGAAGGAAUAUAUAUGGUGAGCCAGUAAACAUCAUGAAAGCAAAUCCAUCAGAUCUAAUGUGCUUUGAAGGACUAUUGGAUUGCUUGGCUUCAUCUCAUUCCCCCACAGAUGAAGAGGAGACUUGUGUUAAUUUACCGGUGAUAACACCCCGUAUUGACCAGGUGUUAGCUCAUUUUCGCCAGCGUACAAGUAUGCAGUCUUUGCCCAGGACUAGUGCUUCAUCUGAGCUGAUAUCUUCUUCAGAGCCAGAAACUAUGAAACUUGGCAACAACUUAUACAAUGAUAUGAGGAUUAAAAAAUUAGAGGAUCAGAUAUCUCAGCUAUUGGAAAAGGUGACAAACUCUUCUUCAAAAAGGGGCACUGAUGUGAAUGUUCUUAAAGCAAAACGAGACACAGAUCUCACUUCAGGGAGUGACGGUGAAAAAGAAAAGAGCAGAAAAUUGGCAAAAAGAAGCAAAAUCCCUAAUUAUCGUAAAACAACUUUAUCUGCCAAACACCGUUCUCAGACGGGCAAAGUCUCAGACAGUGGAGAAGAACGGACUUCUAUAAAAUCAAAAAAAUUAGGCACUCCAGUCAAAGAGGAAGAAGACUCAAGUUUACUUUCUGAUGUACCAAGUCUGGAAGUAGUGGGGAAGUCAGCCAGAAAAUUGAUGGCUGGACAGAAGAGCCCUGUAAAAAAACUAAAAAGUUUAGAUUCAAGUAUUCCAGAGGAGUCAACUUACAGGGCACUGAUUCAGGAACUGGAUCAGGAGCGUGAGAGGAGAUGGAAAGCUGAACAGGCUGAAAAGAAAUUGAGAGAAAAUGUCAAAGAGCUGCAGUGCCACGCAAAAGAAGAAAAGGAUAUUCAAAGCAUGGCUGUGUACACGACAGACAGGCUAAAAGAGCUGGUUCUGAGAGAGAGAAGCGCCAAGACAAAACUGCAGGUUGACAUUCAGCAACUGAAAGAGGAAAUGGAAAGUCUCCAUAAGGAGUUGAAUCAGUCCAAACAGAAAGAGGAGGAUCAACGAAAAGCACGGCAGACUUUAGAAGAAACCUUGUCCAAAAUGGAGACACAGAAGGUGCAACAGCAAACUUCAGAGAUAAAACGAAUUCAAGCUGCAGAACUUAGAGCUUCAGCAGCUGAGAGAGAAGUUCAGUUACUAAGAAUAUCUCUUCGGCAACAAAAAGAGAAGACGGAGCAAGUCCAUGAAGUUCUUACAUUAAGAGAGCAGGAGCACAGAAAGGAGCUGGAAGCUAGAGUAAGUUUAAACGGCUCAGAGUUCCAAGAGGCUGUGGCAAAAGAAGUGGCUAAAGAGCAACAGAGACAUGAACUCCAUAUUAAAGAACUAGAGGGUAAAAUUAAUCUCCUAUGCAAGAAUUAUAGAGAUCUAGAAGAUGAGUUUCGGAUUGCAUUAACUAUUGAAGCCAAGAGGUUUGCAGAGGUUAAAGAGGCUUUUGACAGUGUUGCUGCUGAGUUGGCGGAACAUAAGCAUGCUCUUGCUCAGUCUCAACAAAAAGAAAAACAGUCGGCAAUUCUUGUCCAAGAGUUGACAUCCAUUGUGAAAGAACAAAAAUUGAAGAUCACAGAGCUGGUCAAAUCGAAACAAGAAACAACAUUUAACUGGAAAAGUCGAAUCCGAGCACUUGAAAACAUGGUGGAGGAAGAUAAACAGAAGACUAUUCAACUUGAGCUUCUUAAACAAGAAAAAUCCAAAUUUAUUUCACAGAUAACAGCCCAGGAGUCUGUAAUUGAUGGGUUAAAAGCUGAAAGAAAAAUAUGGGGACAAGAGUUGGCACAACAGGGAGCUUCUCUUGCUCAAGACAGAGGAAAAUUGGAAGCUAAAAUAGAAGUUCUAACUAGCGAAAUAGAGGCUCAGAAGAAAGAAAAUGGACGUAACCAAGAUAUGUUGAAGGUCAAGUCUAAAAUAGUGGAAGAUCAAACGGAAACCAUUAGAAAAUUAAAAGUAGCCUUACAGGAGAGAGAUGAGCAAAUAAGAAAGCAUCGUGAAGAAAGUAUGGAAACGGAGAAGAGACUUCAGGUACAACUAGAAGAAAGAGAGGCGCACUUGGAUGAGCUAAUGGAAAAAUUGGAAAGGCAAAAUGAGAGGAAAGAAGAACUAAAACAACAGUUGCAACAAAAAGACAGGGAGCUUGAAGAUACCAAGAAAGCUUACAGUGCAAUGAAUAAGAAGUGGACCGAUAAAGGAGGAUUGUUAAGCAAGCUGGAAGCACAGGUUAAACAAAUGAAAGAAAGUUUUGACAUAAAGGAGAAGCACCUGAUUGAAGAAAGAGACAAAAGUCUUCAAGCUCAGAAGGCUACAAUGGAAAAGCUUCAUUCAAUGGAUGAUGCUUUCAGAAGGCAACUUGAAUCAACGCUGGCAGCUCAUCAAGCAGAACUGCUGCAGUUAGCAAAUGAAAAACAGCAACAAAUUAUGGCAGCAAAUGAAAAGGUUUACCAGGUUGAAGAAGAAAUGAGACAGUUACUUCAGGAAACGGCAAGCAAUAAAAAGGCUAUGGAAGAGAAAAUAAAACGACUUACAGUUGCCCUGAGUGACAUUCAACAAGUGCUCUGAAAUAUGGAACCUGCCAAGCCUGUAUAGAUUUAUCAAAUCCAGUGAAGUAGU